UGGCCGGGCCUCAAUGUUUCGUUCCGAUCAGUCAUUAGAGACGCGCAGAUAUCUCCGUGGCUCGACGAGAAUCAUCUGCAGUACUGUACAGCCUCGAUAUUUAGCGAGCCUGACCUACUGUGACCAUGAGUGCCUCAAUUGACGUAGCCGGCAUUCUUCGUAUUGUGUUUUCCGAUAACUGCUUCCUUGUGGCUGCUAUCGCUUGCUACGCGUUUGAUCGUUGUAUCCGCGCCGGACGCGAAAUCGACCUGAUAUGGAGCCGUGGCUAUUCCUUAGUCUCGGCUCUCUACGUACUAUUGGAGGUGUCCACCGUCCUCUCCUUGGGCCUGUUAGGUGCUCAAAACCUCCUGAAUCUGGGCUGCAAGGUAGCACUUCCCGAAAAUAUUGCACUACAGGCUAUCACGGCUAGCUACGACGGAGUUACAGCCGUCAUAGCUGCUUUGCGUGUCUACGCUAUCAACGACAGAGAUUGGCAACUAUCUGCUGUUGUACUCCUAUUGCUCCUUCUGCGCAGUGCUUUCGACCUGGCGAGUGCUCACCAGUGUGAUCAAUCGUCUGAUUAACCAGUAAGACUUCGCAGUUCGAGGGUAUCAUUGUGUUUGCCGUUGAUGUCCCUCCGCCCGUCGGUUGUGUUCUUGGUGUUGCCUCAUCGGCAAGCGAACCGUUCUCUACAUUGUGUCCCUUGCCACAUCAAUGGCUGCCGAUGCUCUCGUGUUCAUCGUGACCUGGCGCCGCACCUAUCAUGUGGCACGACUUUCCCGCCAGGCGAACGUCCAGGCAUCUCUGAGCACACUAU